AUGUCUACUGCUCCUAUUUUUAAUGUCUUUCGAUGGGGCGCUCUUGCGUCUGGCGUCGUCUACGGAUUUUUCCAUAACAUUACUCUUUCAAAUCAGGCUGCUGAAAAGAAGGCUUCUGCUGAGUAUGCCCACAAGGAGGAUUUAAUCAAACAAGCUAAGGCUAAAUAUGCCGAGCUACACCCAAAACCUGUUUCCAAAGAUGGCGCUGUCGAUUUUGAGGAUCCCAAUUUUGACCUUGCUGAUUACAUUUCUAAAGCUCUCGCUUAA